UUCCCAUCCCUCCCCAAAAUGUCCUUUCCCAACAGCUCUCCUGCCGCCAACACCUUCCUAGUCGACUCCCUGAUCAGCGCCUGCAGGAGCGAUAGCUUUUAUUCCAACGGCGCCAGCAUGUACAUGCCGCCGAGCACAGACCUUGGCACCUACGGGAUGCAAACCUGUGGACUCCUACCGUCCCUGGCCAAGAGAGAAGUCAAUCAUCAAGCCAUGGGCAUGAACGUCCAUCCCUACAUCCCUCCGGUAGACAAUUGGACAGAGCCCAACAGGCCGUGCCGAAUAGAACAACCUGUUACCCAGCAGGUGCCCACUUGUUCCUUUGCGGCCAAUAUUAAGGAAGAGACCAACUGCUGCAUGUAUUCGGACAAGAGGUCCAAGUUGGCCGCCUCUUCCGACGUUCCUUCCUACCAGAGGUUGGUCUCUGACUCGUGCCCCAUUGACAACCCCGAGGUCCCCGUCCCAGGGUAUUUCAGGCUGAGCCAGACCUACGCCGGGGGAAAAGCCCAAGAGUACCACAGCAGCCCUGAAGCCAGCUCCACGCUCAUGCUCCAGUUAAACCCGCGCGGCGCUUCCAAACCGCAGGUCGCCUCGCAAGCGCCGAUGGAGAAGAAAAUGAAUGAAAACCCCAGCGCCAACGCCAACGCCAACGCCCCCGGCCACAGUAGCGGCAGCGGCGGCCACCAGCACCAACACCCGCCGGAGAACUCCGCCAAAGCCUCCCCGCAAGUGGAAAGUCCCGAGUCUAAGUCCACGCUGCCGGACGAGCGGAGCUGCCUGGCCGAAGCCGCCGUCUCCAGCCCAGAAAGCCCAGGGAAAGAGAGCAAAGGUCGGUAUUGGUUUGCCAAGUUGGGAACGUCCUGUCAACCUUUUUUUCUUUUUUCUCUUUUUGGAUCUCUCUCUCUCUCUCUCGCCUGCCUCCCCCCCCCUCCAAUGCCGUGCCACGGAGGGAAUCUCCCCAAAAUGUCGUCGGGCCGCGGCACCCUCCGUAACUACUACGUGGACUCUCUCAUAGGCCCCGACACCGAGGAAGGAGGGUACGGAGGAAGAGCAGGCGGAGGCCCCGGCCCUUUCCUACCAGGAGGUCCCCCGUUCGCCGCUCCGCGGUUGCCUCCAGGUGUGGCGACCGAGGGAUCGGAGUUCUCCCCGUGCAGCUUCACCCCCAAGCCGUCCGUCUUCUCCUCCUGGCCGGCCCGUCCUCCUCCCGCUCAACCCUCUACCCCGCUGCCGAGCAUCUACGUGGCCCCGCCGCACCUCGGAGGGUCGGCCGAGGGGGGCAGGUACGUCCCUCCCUGGCUCGAUCCCUACGCUUCCUUUCGCGGCAACCACGCCGCCCUCUCGGCUGCGCCCGCCGUCUCCGACCGAGACCCCGUCGCAGCCCCCGGACGCCUCUACGGGAUCGGCAAGCCGGAGCCCGCCGCCUCCGCGUCGCUUGAGCCCCGAGCCUUCGCUUCCGCCGCCUCCGUCCCGUCCUUUGCCUCCGGUUCUCCAGCCCCACGGACGGAGAGCUUCUCGGCCGCCGACCGUUCCCGCGGGCCCGACUACACGUGCGACUCUUUUCUGGCAGCGGCGGCGACCGCCGGAUUGGCUGCCCCCGCUCUCGCUUCCCCGGCCAGCAACGCCAGUCUCAGCCCGGCCAAGCCAGCCUCCGGAGGCAGCCCUAGCCGCAGCCCGCUCAGCGACCUGAAGGAGGAAAAAGAGGAGCAGCAAUUUGGCCCAAAUAACCCGGCUGCAAACUGGAUUCAGGCUCGGUCCGCCAGGAAAAAGCGUUGCCCUUACACCAAAUUCCAGACUCUGGAACUGGAAAAGGAAUUCCUCUUUAAUAUGUACCUCACCCGAGAACGGCGCUAUGAAGUGGCCAGGAUUUUAACCCUCACGGAGAGGCAGGUUAAAAUCUGGUUCCAGAACCGCAGGAUGAAAAUGAAAAAAAUGAAUAAAGGGAAAAGGGAAUAAAGGAGACUUAAGACUUUGGGAGAUGUAUUUGUGAAAGUAUUGUAGCGUAUUAUUAUUAUGACGCACACAAUCACACAUGUAUACACAGCGCUGCAGCAAUUAAUUGUUCUCCAUGUUAUUUUCUCAGGUGCAUUAAUUUAAACUUUAGAUCAUAUCCAUUUUUUUUUUUAAAUGAAAGAUAUCAGCGAAUGUGGUGCUUGGUACUUUAGAAGGAAAAGGGGUGAAUGGGAAAGCUUUCUGUGAAAAGCUCGGGUUUUUUUCCUUUCCCCUUCCACUUGGCUUUGAGAUACAGUGUGUGCAUAUUGUUGGGGGGGGGUUAUUGUUUGAUGUGCUCUGCACAAGUGACUUAGGACACCCUCCUUUCCAAGGUCUUUGCCCAGAGUUACAGCAAAGUUAAGGAGCUUCAGGAUGGAGCUGAAGCAUAAAGCAAGCUUUUUUUUUUAAGGCAUUAGCACACAAAGCCUGCACUUCCUCAAAGACAGCUUGACUUGCCCCCCCCUCCCAAAUCUCUCUGGGUUCUGUAUACUUUGUUUUCCAAAAGUCAUGUCAGAGAGGAGGAUGAGCGUGGAUGGGGAUUCUUAUGUGAGGCUAACCUACAGUUAGAUUCACAGUCUGGGACUGCGGGAAACUUAGUAAUUCAAGUCUUAAUCAAGAACCUAAGAAUUAUUCAGGUAGUCUCUAGGAAUACAGGCAAUUCCAAGCAGGGUAGAUAUAUUUUCUUUCUUUCUAAAAUUCAGGGGGAUUAUUAUUAUUAUUAUGGUUGAUGAAAUAGCCAGAUGGUUUUUUUUAAGGUGAAAUCACAGCUGCCAGUUAUGAGACUGGCAUUCCUUCUCAUUGGGUUCUUCCCAAGAACCUAACAUGUCCUAAUUGUAAUCGUAAUCAGCAUGGUAUAUGUGUGGAUCCAAGCAGUGGCCUUUUGGAAUUGACAGAUGGAAAUGUUUGUCACUGAGAAGUUUUCUAAAUGCCACCCAAGAUGUUUUGGUAUGGCAUCAAGGGUGACAUUAUUAUUAUUAUUAUUAUUAUUAUUAUUAUUAUUAUUAUUAUUAUUAUUAUUAUUAUUAUUAUUAUUAUUAUUAUUAUUUAAACAUAGCUUCCUUUCUUCCAUGCGGUGUAUUAAGAGUGGCCUUGAAACUUUAUUAAUAUUCGUAGGCCUAAAACACUUUGGCUCACAGUCUGUAUUUUUGUUUGAUUUGCGAUCCUAUUUAAGAAUGAAUUAUUAUUAUCUGUUCACAACAAUGUGAAACACAUCUGCCAGUUCUUUAGUAGCUAGUGUUGGCCUUUAUACAUAUCGAGAUCUGCCGUAAGAUGCCUGUAAUAUAUUGGCGAAGUAUACAUGUGGCUCAAAACAGUGUGGCCUUUUAAGGUUGACAGAUGGAAAUGUUGCCGACGUUUUUCUAAGUGCAUCCAAGAUUUUUAGGGAAGGCACCCAGCAUGCUGAAAACCACUAGGACAGCCACAGCUGGUUUAUGCUAUAAUCUUUCCGUUCUGAUUUUCAGAUAAAGAAUUUUACAAUUCGUUAUCUUCUAUUAUUAAUUUUAUUGUUGUUCCCUGUUUUUUUGUUUGCUUGCUUGCGUGUAUAUGUCCUAGGUUCCAGAAUAAAAUUUGAGCUCAUGAAAA